AUGAUCGUCCCCUCGGACUUUGACGUUUUUCCCACCAAGGUGGAGCAUGCCCAUCCCACCCACUCCAUCGACCCUAUCCCCACGGUGAUCCCGGGUGUAGGCCAGGUUUACCAGGAGCUUCACGCCACCGGACACCGCACUCUCUGGGUCGUCACUGUGUUGAUGGGAAUCUCUUCCGUGGUCUUCUACACCCUCGCCGCCCGGGCCCCGCUGUCCAAGCGUGUCUUCCACACAUUGUCUGCCUUUGUCACAACCAUCUCCUUCAUCACCUAUCUCGCCCUCGCAACCGGCCAAGGUUUCAAUCAUGCCUGGUCCCCCAUCGAGAACCACCACAAACAUGUCCCCAACACACAGGACGACCUCUACCGCGCCAUCCCAUGGCUGCGCUACGUGAACUGGGCCCUCUCCACUCCGCUCAUCCUCACCAACUUUGCUCUCGUGAGCGGUCUACCCGGCGCUCACUUGGUCUCCGCCAUUGCGGCGAACUGGGUCAUGUUGGCCGCGGGAUUGCUCGGUACAUACGAUGGUCAUACCCGGGCCCGUUGGGCGUGGUUGACCAUCAGCUGCCUGUCAUACAUCACUGUCCUGCACUUCGGCGGAUUCCAUGCCCACCGUGCUAGUCAGAAUAAGGAUGACCAGGUUCGACGCUUUUUCGGGGCUAUUUCUGGCUUAACCUUUGUCGUGUUUGCCUUGUACCCGAUUGUACUUGGAGCUGGUCCUCUGGCUCUCAAGCUGAGCGUCGAUGCUGAGACCGUCGUCUUCGCUAUUCACGAUAUUCUGACCCAAGGAAUCGUCGGCUACUGGCUUCUCUUGGCACAUGACAACGCCACCGCCAUUACCAUCCACGUCAAUGGCUUCUGGGCCCACGGUGUCACUGAGGGCGCCAUUCGUCUUCCAGAGGACGAGGAGGGUGCUUAA